AUGUCUGCAAAGUUAGCAUAUAGGAAUGCGCUCAAGGCAAUAAAUAUUGCAUUCAAGAAUGACCAGCCGAUGCUUGGUGCUGCUAAACAGCAGAUCAGGUCGGGGAUAAUGAGCAAUGCCCAGUUGACAAAGCCAGAAGAAGUUGCUGAAGCUGUUAAGAAGUUAGACGAAGUGAGCAAAUUCAUUAGACAUAACCUUGUACAGGGCAAGUUACAAGAAGAUGGUCGAUAUUUCUUGGAUUUCCAUAAGGAGAUUGAGUUGGGUGAUAAUGAGACAAUCAAGAAUUCCAAAGCUGAGAUGGGUAGUUUAAGCGGAGCCAAGGGAAAGAGCAUUAGAGUUGCCAAAUGCAGUUAA